UUAGUUGCUCGCGAAUUAGCGAAAGAGAGAGAGCGAGAGAAAAAAAUAGGAACUGUAACAUUUUAUAUAACAUAUAACUGUAAUUAAUCAAAAGUAAUAUUCUAAAACCUGAAUUGUACUUAGAAUAAUACAUGUUUGAAGCAAAAUAAGAAGAGAAGGACAUCGUGUGCCUGAGGAUAAUACGACUAAAAUGCGCUGAAAAGGGAAGGGCAACUUCAGGACCAAACAGGAUUGUUUACAAGUAGCACCAUGGGGAAUCAGCUUGCUGGUAUUGCACCGUCACAGAUUCUUUCUGUUGACAGUUACUUCUCAGAUAUCCAUGACUUUGAAUAUAACAAGAGCCUUGGCAGUACCAGGUUCUUUAAAGUGGCCCGGGCUAAACACAGGGAGGGAUUGGUGGUUGUUAAGGUGUUUGCCAUUCAGGACCCAUCACUGCCUUUAACCAGUUACAAACAAGAGCUGGAGGAGCUGAAAAUCAGGCUUCAUUCGUCACAAAACUGUCUUCCAUUCCAAAAGGCCACCUUAACAGAAAAGGCUGCAAUGCUGUUUCGCCAGUAUGUGCGGGACAACCUGUACGAUCGAAUCAGUACCAGACCGUUUCUCAACAACAUUGAAAAGAAGUGGAUUGCCUUCCAGAUUCUGAACGCCGUGGAUCAGGCUCACAAAUCUGGAGUCCGACAUGGAGACAUUAAAACCGAGAAUGUCAUGGUGACUAGUUGGAACUGGGUUCUCCUGACUGACUUUGCCAGUUUUAAACCCACUUACCUUCCUGAGGAUAACCCUGCUGAUUUUAAUUACUUCUUUGAUACCUCCCGGAGGAGAACAUGCUAUAUAGCCCCUGAGCGUUUUGUUGAUGGGAGCAUGUUUGCAAAUGAGAGUGACCAAACUACCCCACUGGUAGAUCUUACGAGCAACAGUCAGCGCACAAGAGGAGAGCUCAAACAGGCAAUGGACAUAUUUUCAGCAGGCUGUGUUAUAGCUGAACUGUUCACAGAAGGAGUACCCUUAUUUGACCUCUCUCAGCUACUCGCUUAUCGAAAGGGACAUUUUCAAACUGAACAAGUGCUGGCAAAAAUUGAGGACAGAAGCAUCCGUGAAUUGGCGGCUCAGAUGGUCCAGCGUGAGCCAGAAAAGCGCUUGACAGCAGAAGAGUACCUUAAGCAGCAGAGGGGCAAUGCUUUCCCUGAUAUAUUUUACACAUUCCUGCAGCCUUAUAUGGCACAAUUUGCCAAAGAGACCAUCCAAUCUGCAGACGAACGCAUCCUAGUAAUACGCAAGGACCUGGAAAACAUCAUCCACAACCUCUGCGGGGGUGACAAAGCGGAGAAGUCUGAGGGAGAAACAAAGGAGCAUGGCCUGGUCAUACUGGUGUCUGUCAUCACCUCGUGCCUGCAGACCCUCCGCUACUGCGACUCCAAACUGGCAGCUCUGGAGCUCAUUCUUCACCUGGCAGAGAGGCUGUGUGUGGAGAUCUUGCUGGAUCGCAUCACACCCUACCUCCUGCACUUCUGCAAUGAUCCAGUGCCCAGGGUGCGGGCAGAAGCUGUGAGGACACUGACUAAAGUGCUUGCGCUUGUCAAAGAGGUCCCCCGUAAUGAUAUAAAUAUCUAUCCAGAGUACAUCUUGCCUGGAAUUGCCCAUUUAGCCCAGGAUGAAGCUACUAUUGUGAGACUUGCCUAUGCUGAGAACAUAGCACUUCUGGCUGAGACUGCACUUCGUUUUCUAGAACUUGUGCAAGAAAAUAAUCUAAAUAUGGAACAUGAUUUGAAUGGAGAAGAUACAGAAGAAAUGUUACACCCCAAUGAAAACUAUGACUCAGAGCUGCAGGCCCUCCAUGAAAUGGUGCAGCAGAAAGUGGUGACGCUGCUGAGCGACCCAGAGAACAUUGUGAAGCAGACGCUGAUGGAGAACGGCAUCACCCGGCUCUGUGUGUUUUUCGGAAGGCAGAAAGCCAAUGACGUGCUCCUGUCCCACAUGAUCACCUUCUUGAACGACAAGAAUGACUGGCAUCUCCGAGGAGCUUUCUUUGACAGCAUUGUCGGGGUUGCAGCAUAUGUGGGCUGGCAGAGCUCCUCCAUCCUGAAGCCUUUACUGCAGCAAGGCUUAAGCGACGCUGAAGAAUUUGUCAUCUACAAGGCUCUCAAUGCCCUGACCUGCAUGUGCCAGCUAGGGCUGCUGCAGAAGCCACACAUCUAUGAGUUUGUCAGCGACAUUGCUCCGUUUCUCUGCCAUCCUAAUCUCUGGAUUCGUUACGGGGCUGUGGGAUUCAUAACUAUGGUAGCUCAGCAUCUGAACAUUGCAGAUGUCUACUGCAAGUUAAUGCCAUAUCUAAACCCAUUUAUUACACAGCCAAUAAUCCAGAUCGACAAGGAAAUAGUGCUGUUGAGUGUUCUUAAAGAGCCUGUAAGCCGUUCCAUAUUCGACUAUGCUUUACGAUCCAAGGAUAUCAGUAGUCUCUUUAGGCACUUGCACCUGCGCCAGAAGAAACGCAAUGGCUCCAUACCUGAGUGCCCUCUGCCUGAGGACCCAGCCAUAGCUCAGCUGUUAAAGAAGCUGCUUUCUCAGGGGAUGACAGAAUCUGAAGAAGACAAGCUUUUGGCCCUGAAAGACUUCAUGCUCAAAUCAAACAAGGCCAAAGCUAACAUCAUCGACCAGAGUCAUAUUAAUGACAGCACUCAGAGUGGUGUGAUUGAUCUUGGUACCUUGGGAAUCACUGGCCGACAAGUUGACCUUGUGAAACCUAAACAAGAACAAGAUGACAAACGGGCAAGAAAACAUACAAAGCAAGACUCCAAUAUGAAUGAAGAAUGGAAAAGCAUGUUUGGUUCCUUGGAGCCUUCCAACAUAACACAGACGGUGUCUGAUGGAGCUGGAAUUCAGACCAGAAAAGCAACCACUUCUCUACCUGCAGUGCAAGCUAUAAGCAGCACUUCCACUUAUCAGAGGAGGCUCACUACCUGCAAAACAGAGCUACAGCAUCUGGUCCAGCAGAAGAGGGAGCAAUGUAACGCAGAACGAAUGGCCAAGCAAAUGAUGGAGAGUGCUGAGUGGGAGACCAAGCCUCCUCCUCCAGGAUGGCAUCCGAAAGGCUUAUUGGUUGCACACUUGCAUGAGCACAAGUCAGCUGUGAACCGCAUCCGCGUAUCUGACGAGCAUUCCAUUUUCGCAACUUGCUCCAAUGAUGGAACCGUGAAAAUCUGGGACAGCCAAAAAAUGGAAGGAAAGACCACCACCACAAGGUCGGUUUUGACCUACUCCCGUGUUGGAGGACAUGUCAAAACACUGACGUUCUGCCAAGGCUCUCAUUACUUGGCUGUUGCUUCAGAUAAUGGAUCUAUCCAACUCUUGGCAAUUGAAUCAAACAAGCCACCCAAAUCUCCGAAAGUCCAUCCAUUUCAAACAAGGUUCUUAGACCAGAAGGAUGAUGGCUGUGUGGUGGAUUUGCACCAUUUCAGCUCUGGAGCUCAGUCUGUGCUGGCUUACGCAACAGUAAAUGGUUCUCUCAUUGGCUGGGACCUCCGGUCAUCAACUAAUGCCUGGACACUGAAACAUGACCUGAGACUAGGCCUCAUUACAUCAUUUGCAGUGGACAUACAUCAGUGCUGGUUAUGUGUUGGUACUAGCAAUGGCACAAUGGCUUGCUGGGAUAUGAGGUUUCAGCUACCAAUCUCCAAUCAUUCUCACCCUGCAAGAGCUCGCAUCAGGCGUCUUCUUAUGCAUCCUCUGUACCAGUCCUCAGUAAUUGCAGCUGUGCAAGGAAAUAAUGAGGUGUCCAUGUGGGACAUGGAAACUGGAGACAGGAAGUUCACAUUGUGGGCGAGCUCAGCUCCUCCUCUCUCUGAAAUGCAGCCAUCUCCCCAUAGUGUCCAUGGAAUAUACUGCAGUCCUGCUGAUGGUAACCCUUUACUACUGACUGCUGGGUCUGACAUGAGAAUAAGGUUUUGGGACCUUGCCUACCCAGAGAGGUCUUAUAUUGUUGCAGGGGGAGCCAAUGAUGCCCUUCAUUGCCCAUCUGUAUUCUAUAACCGGAAGAUCAUUGAAGGAACAGAGGUUGUACAGGAAAUUCACAGCAAACAGAAAAGUGGUUCAACGGAAGAUGUUCCCCGUAGAGGGCCUGAAUCCCUGCCAGUGGGUCAUCAUGAUAUCAUAACAGAUAUUGCUACUUUCCAAACAACCCAAGGAUUUAUAGUAACUGCCUCCAGAGAUGGGAUUGUGAAAGUGUGGAAAUAAAGUCUAAUGCACUGAAGUCAAGUGUAAUGCAUUUCAGAAUAUUCUGCUGUAACAUAAUAUAAAGAAUUCCACUGUUUCUUUAGAACCACUAGGGGUAACAUGCAUUUACUGUAUCUUAAUACAUAGUCAGGGUAAAACGCAAGUAUGCAAUUUUGCUCCUGUACUCAGUAAAAAAAUAUGUAAUCUAUCUUCGCUUUCUGUAAACAAUAUGUAUAUGUAAGCUAUGACAAUAACAUAUUAAUUUGUAUAAUUUUUAUUGUUAAACAACUUAAGCCCUUUUUGGUGUGUGCUUAGUUUAGGGAUACUGUAUGUCUAAAUUAAAUAAGACUACAAACAAUAAAUAAAAGUUACUACAGUCUUUAAUUUGUGCAGUGCAAAUUAAACAUUUAUUUAAAGUCAUAGUAGUACAGUUCCUUGAAUAUGUUAGAGAUAAUGUUUGAGGUUUAUAAUAAACUGUUUCAAACCCUUUAA